AUGUCGUACGCACUCCCGUUCGGUGCUCCGCGCGAGGAAGCGGUCACGCAGUGGUCGUACACGAGCGCGUGUGCCUUUGUCGCCGACCACGACGCCCACGAAAUCGUCGUCCCAUCUACCUCACCUACGACAUCUGAUCACUCCCGACACGCCACACUCUCCCAGGACGACCACGCCCUCUCGAGCUCGACGCUGUUCCUCCCGCAGUCGUCGCAGCACGGAGGCCACGUGCUCGCUCGCGUCGUCGACCAGGGAUACUGCCUCGAAUUGAGCUACAACGCAUUCACCCUUGGCAGCUGUGACGACAACAGUGGUUUGGCACUCGACCUGGGAUCGUCAAACCAACAGUGGCCGCCCGUGCGGUUCGUGUUUGGGUCCAAACUGGUGCCUCAACCUUCCCUCGUCCUCGUCAGCCCAUCCCCAGACGACGACGCCGACUCCACACCUACUGCAAAGGACGAAGCCGAACUACAAAUCUAUGCCCUCACCGAAUCAGGCCGCCUCCAUGUUCUUCAUUUCUCCCUGCCCAAGCUCUUUUACUCGAGCACCGCGUUCGACGAAGCCGACGACGACGACGACAGCAACAACGAGCCCAACCUCGACCGAACCGCUUCAGGGCGACCGCAUCAUCGAUGGUGCGAAGAGUUCACCGUCUCGUGCUUGGCCAAUCGUACGCCGGUGUUGAUGCAUGGUGUCGAUGUGUCGAGGGUCGUCGUCGCGUGCGCGGAUGGGUUCGCAGCCAGUUUGGUCAUUGCCGAUGGUCAGUCCUUUCACGCGGGGGCUGUCGUACCUCGUUGCUAGGCACUGACAAGUCGAUAUAUUGCUUCUCCAGCCGACGAACUGAUCGAGACCGAGCUGCGAUCAUCGUCCAACUUUUUCAGCGUGCGGUCGCUCCUCCCGUCCUUUUCAACACGCAACCUCGCUUCACCGUCGCAGUACCACAAUUCCAACGCGAAUCCGAGUGGAUCGACCUCGAACUCGAACGCCUCAUCUCAGAUUGUGUCGUUCGCAUCAUCGGUGCCCGAAGCCGACAAGCCAACGUUCGCCUUUUCCGUCUCGCGCGAUCGCAAGCUCAAGAUCUGGGACCUCGAUGCCGGCGUCGAGCUCAAGACUAUCGAUCUUCCGAAACCGGCGUCGUCCUCUACAUCAGCCCUGGCCUUGAUCCCCAGUGAUGCGUCUUCUUCGACCGACUCACCCGCUCGAACGACCAAAUCGACAGGUCUCCUCCUGUCGUCGACACCGCAGACAUUCGUCAAACUCGUCGACGUCCCAUCCUCUUCCUCGUCUUCGACCAUCACCUCCCACCUCGUCAUCUUCUCGCCUGCAUCUUCGACAUCGCGAGCCGCCUUCUUCGCCUACGCGAUCACUUUGGACGAAGAGACCAAGCUCUUGAGUGAGCUGACCCCCGUCGGAGAAAAGCUGUGCCCGCACCUCGCGAACGCGAACGCCUCCCUCGUCGACUUUGCGAUCCAACCACUCGCACUCGGGGACGACGCACGAUGGACGCUGUGGACGGUCUGGGAUGAGGGAGGAGAGUGUGUCGUACGCACGAUCGAUUUCCCCGAGCUCGACCCGACGCAGGCGAUGACUUCCGUCGCCGAUGAAGGAACUUCGUCGUCGAACGAGUGGGUCACUGUCGAGUCGGGCACGGCCGGUCUUGUAUCGCGAUGGACGGCACCCUAUUUCGACGAAUUGUUCGAUACCGAACCGAAUAAAGGUGUGACUGAAGUUUUCGUCGAGCACGUCAGCUACCCCGGUCGGUACCCUCUCUCGACGCUCGAUCACGCCCUUGCUCAAUACGAAGAUCGCCUCGAACACGACAUCGCCGAAGGUCGCAUUGCACACAAACCCGAAGCGAUGGAACUAUUCUACGAGACCGUGCUCGAGCGCAUCGUCGCUGUCGUCGGUUGCGCCGUCUCGCUCGAGCAAUCUUCGCAGACGGGCGCGAUGCUCUACGACGCCUUCAACCAGAAACUCAAGGUCGAAUGGCUCAAAUUCGUGACGAUGCUCAACGAGUCGCGGCGAGACGCACUGUUCCCCACCAGCCUCGCCGUCGACGCUGAAAGCAAAAUCGCCUUUGUCGUCACUCGCCAGGCGAUCGUCGUUCCGACGUUACUUGACGAGUCUCAGCUCCUCUAUGACGUCGCUAGAUCGGGGUCGUCCACAGGGCGACUCGCCGACUACUUUACCUUCAGCUACGAGCGUGUCAUCGAACAAGCCCUCUCCGUCGUCCGUGCGAUCCAAGCCCUUCGGUCUGGCCUUGAUCCCUUAUUGAUCCGUAACUUUGAGAACGAGCUUCUCGAGACGCUGCGGACCGAUCGCGCGCUCGAUGUGGGGCCCCUCGCGGACGACCUUUGGGAAACGGUGCUUCACCCUUGCAUCGACGAGGAAUUGAGUUCACGCAUCCGCCUAGCGAUCGCACCUGCGGACCAACUCAUCAUCUCUCUCUGUGGUAUCCUGACAACAUGGCAAACUCCAGCCGCGAUCGAUCCGCCAAUGUGGAACCACGGCCUUCCAGCGAGCAACCUCGCUUCCGCCCUGAUCGCCGACGCAUGGACCGCCAAGCUCGAAUCACGCUACGAGCUCGCCCUCGGUCUCGUGAUGUUCAUGAUCCUCAAAGGGCGGGACCAGUGCGAGUCGCCGAACGUGAUCACCAGUCACGUUUUUGCAGCGUUCCAUUCGCUUUCGAGGAUGCUGUGGGUCGCACGACAAGGCGUGUCGCCGAAUUUGGAUACCGAACUUGCUCUUAUUACUGCGACUGCUUCCAAGACUGGGACUUCAAAGUCAACAGCAGACGACGAUGACGAAGUCUUUUCGCGCUUCGGCAAGAUGAACGUCUCGAAGGGUCUGAACCGAUCGAGCGACGCCGGCGCCGAUGCCGAACAAGCCGAACUGAUCCCCGCCUACAGUCUCUUCCACGCCCUCAUCCGAUCAUGCUUCGCCCCCAGACUCCCCAUCUCCGUCCGACCCCUUUCCCACGCCUUGACCCUGACCCCUCCUCUCGUCCAUGUCGACGGUCUCCUAGGCCCAUGCGACGUGAUCCGAGACACGCCCGAGGACGCGACCUUCGCGAUGAGGGUCCACGACCUCGGUUUCCCGACACUUGCGAUUCGCCUGCUGGAUAUGGUUCCGAAUGGUGCGGGGAUGAUGUACGUCAGGGGUUUGGCGCAGUUGAGUAUUGGGGGUGUUGCGGAGGCGGAGAUGGCGUUUGAGAAGGCCGCCUCGGGGCUUUGUGAGUCGAUCUUUGCGCUGAUUGCUCUCAAUCGAUCGAAGGGGGAGCUCAUUGACUGUUUUUUUGUUUUGAUACUCGUUCUUCUCGCAGACGCCUCGAGCGACUCGACGUCGAGCAUGUCCGACUUAUUGCCUACCGACGUAUCCGGCUCUCUCGCUCGAUACUACACACAUAUCGUCGCGCUCUUUGUCGAAAGCAACUUUGACGGAUCAGUGAUUCGGUUCGCCCAACUCGCCCUCGAAGCAUUCGACGACACCCCCGAAGGCGCACCCGAAGCGAUUUCGUCCGACCUGUGGCUUCAGCUCUUCCGCUCGCAAGCUUCGCUUAAUCGAUAUGAAGACGCGUACACGACCCUCGUCUCGAUUCCACAUCCUUCGACUCGCACAAUCUGUCUCGGCCAUCUGAUCUCGGUCAUGUGUGAGAACGGCUCAGCGUCCCAAUUGAUCAAGUUCGCGUUCGUUGGGAUGGAAGCGGACUUGGAGCGCAACCUGGCGUUCCGAGCGAGGAACUCGGACCCGUUGGCGACGCCGAAUUAUUACACCAUUUUGUAUGCGUACUAUAUCCGAAGAGGGGAUUACAGAAGUGGUGCGUCUUGGUCGAGAUUUGAACUACGAGACGUUUGACUGACAAUAGAAAACCCGGAUAUCCGCGCAGCCGGAACGAUCAUGUUCCAGCAAGCGCGACGGAUAGGCGAAACCUCGUCUCGCAACGUCACUUUCCAUGACCUUGCGACUUUACAGUGCCAGGGAUACCUCGCAGCGAUUAAUGCACUCUCGCUCGUGAGCCCCGAUCAUGCAUGGGCCGCUAUCUCGACCUCGGGGUCGGCAGAGGACCGUGCUGCCCCGCCGAAGCGCCGGCGACUCUCGUACGACAUCCCCGACGACGAGCUCUCCCUCGACAGCUCCUCCCCACCCGAUAUCCUCGAUCUCUCUGACAUCCGCCAAGAAUACACCAUGGCUCUGUCCCGCCUUCAGCUCGCGGUCGACUUCCCCGAACUUGAGCGACCGAGCUUCAGCCUCGAAGGGGAAUCGAUCGUCUCGCUUUUCUCUCAGACGGGCGCGUUCGAUGCGGCUUUCCAAGCUGCUCGUGUGUUGGACGUCGACAUGUCGAGUUUGUUCGAGGUCGUUACGGAUCGAUGUGUGGGGUUGACGAUGAAUCCUGAGUCGUGAGUCCACCCCUGCGAUUGACGCUCGCGCGUUCUUGUCGCGAUCUAACCCGAUCAAUUUCGAGGUCGCUCGUAGCACCGAGGACGCCUCGUGGGUCACACUCUGCUACGAAGCUUCAACAUGGGAAGGAACGCUCGCCUCCAAAGCGUGGAGGCUGCUCGAACGCCAUCUCGCGCGCCACGACUCGUCGACAUCUCGUUAUCGACUCGUCGUACUCGAGCGCAUCCUCGCGAUCGACGCCGCUCAUUCCGAAGUUCCCGCUUUCCUUGCGGAGCACUUCCUCAAGAAAGAUGUGGGGUCCUUGUUGAGGAGUUUGAUCAGGUACGAGAGGUUGGGCGAGGCGUUCGGGUAUGCGGUUCGAGUCGUACGGGUGAGUCGGGCGCGAAGAUGUCAUCGUGGCAAAAGUAGAUCCCCACGCUGAUGGAUUUUACUUCCCUCCCUACCUUCAUAGUCCUCAACACCAACCUGCUCACUCGCUUCCUCCUCUCUCCCCUAUUCAACUUUCGACCACCUCCUGAGCCUCGAUCGAAAAGACACCGUCGCCCUCCCACCCGCUGUACUCGAAUCGAAGCAGGCCGAGCUACGAACUUUGAUCAGCGAACGGAUAGGGCAAGCUGAGAAGGGUGAGAGGGUCGCGUUGAGGAAUGCGGGGAGAUGA